CAAUAUAUUCAAUCAUGCUUUUGUUAGCCUUCACCUUCAUUGGCCUCAUUCAUUCUGGCUUCAGUCAGUGUGAGGAUGGCUGGCGGCCGUACGAGGAGAGAUGCUACUUCUUCUCUUCUGACAUGAAGUCAUGGCACGAUGCUCUGGAGGAUUGUGUCAGUAAAGGAAGUAAUCUGAUGAGCAUCCAGGACAUUCAUGAGCGGACGUGGGUCCGAACGCAGAUCAGCACCUCCAUCUUCUGGAUCGGACUGAAUGACGUGGCGUCCGAGGGGAACUGGGAAUGGAGUGAUGGGACUGUUUUCUAUCCCUACCUCUCGUAUUGGAAGGAGGGUCAGCCGGACAACUGGGCAGAUAAUGAGGAUUGUGGGCAGGUUCUGGGAGCCAAUGAAGGCAGAUGGAACGAUGAAACCUGCUCAGCCAGACGGCAGUAUAUCUGUAAACGAUCAAACCCGAACCCAGCUCCGGUCUGCGACUCUGUGAACGGCUGGCAGGGCUUCGGCUCUAACUGCUAUAAGAGAAGGGCAGGUGUCCGGAAGAGCUGGGCGGCAGCUCGCAGUGACUGUGUCCGAGAAGGAGGAGACCUGGUGUCAAUCACAUCUUCUGAAGAGGAGCAGUAUGUCACAAGCCGUCUGGACGCGUCCGCCUUUGACCUCUGGAUUGGCUUUUCCACAAUGAAAUGCACAACUUUAUCCUGUCAAAUACAACCAAAUGCCACGACCUUCUCCUGGUCUGAUGCGAGUGCAUCCACAUACACAAACUGGCCGGCCGGACAGCCUGAUCUCACUGACAAAGCCAACGGUGUGUGUACUGCUAUGAUAAAAGAAUCAGGAGAGGAUUAUGGGAAAUGGAGAACACACGUCUGUCGUUAUGAGCGACCUUACAUGUGCAAGAAAGCUUUGAAUACCAUUUGUCCUUCUGGAUGGUUGAGUUACUCAGGAAACUGUUAUUGGGUGGUCAGUAACCAGAAUCUCCUGACCAGCUGGUAUCUGGCUCAGACCAAGUGCUUUGACAUGGGAGCAAACCUAGUAACCAUCAAAAAUGAAGGGGAGCAGUUCUUCAUUAAUGCACAGUUGCCUGAUUUUCACCAAACAGAUGUUCCUGAUCUGUGGAUUGGCAUUUCAGAUAAGGACCAAGAUGGCACAUUUAGGUGGGUGGACAAAACUGCAGUUGAGUUUUCAAACUGGAGCCCAAAUUUUCCUCAGAACUCAGCAAACCAGUGGGACUGUGGUCAGAUUUACACCGGAAACUAUGCUGGAAAAUGGGAAACCACCAACUGCUUUAAAAACCUGGGAUAUAUUUGCAAGAUGCCUGGAGGACAGAAUGUGAAGCCCACAGCGGCUCCAGACUCACACUGUGAUGAAGGCUAUCUGCUCUUCGGUGAACACUGCUAUCACUUUGAGACUGAAACAGUCAAGAAAUGGCAGGAUGCAGAGAAUUACUGUGUGGCUCAGAAUGGACACCUGGUCAGCAUCCACAACCAGGAGACCGUCAGCUUUCUGACAGCCCACAUGAGCAGAUCUUCCUGGGUGGGUCUUAAUGACAUCAACAGAGAGGGAACGUUUGUAUGGACCGAUGGAACUCAAGCAGACUUCCUUCCCUGGGAGACAAACCAGCCGGACGACUGGCAGAAUAAUGAAGACUGCGUUCACAUUCGUGGAACCGAGCACCAGGACACGGGAAAAUUCAACGACCUGCCCUGCACAUCCACUUACCCCUUUAUCUGCCAGAAAGCAAAGGGUCAAGGGCCACCGCCUCCCCCAACAUCUGGUCCAGGUUGGAAUGCAAAGUGCGGCUCCUGGGUUGGUGACCCGUUUAAUGAUUACUGCUACCUGUUUAUUACUCUGUCCAUGAGGAAGUGGGCCGACGCUCGUGCGGAUUGCAUGAAUCAGGGUGGAGAUCUCGUCAGCAUCACUGAGCCGUUUGAACAAGGUUUCAUCCAAGCUCAAAUCCAGUCUGUUCCCGUGGGCGUCUCUCUGUGGAUGGGAGCGCAUGACUCCAUCACCGAGGGAGGCUGGACAUGGACGGACGGUUCUCCAUUCCGCUAUAUAAACUGGGCUUCAGGAAACCCUGAUGAUUAUUAUAAUGAAGACUGCCUGUCCAUUUUAAUCAACUCUGGAGCGUGGAACGACGAUGAAUGUGAGAACAAGAGAGGAUAUAUCUGCAAGCGUCGCGGGAACACACCCGAGCCUCCUCCGCCGCAUGAUGGUUUCUACACAACAUACGCAUGUCAAGACUCAAGCUUGGUCCUUCACUGCCCCCAGAACAGCGUCAUCAACAUCCAGUCAGCUUUUUACGGGCGCCGCAGUGACAAGAUCUGUCCGUUUGGAGACGGAGCCUCUGGUGUGUGCACUGUUGAGGGUACGCUGGCUUUGGCCAGGAAGAACUGCGAUAACAGAGAGUUCUGUUUCCUCUUCGCGCGCACCGAAUCUGAUCCCUGCCCCACUGUCUCCAAAUACCUGGAGGUGGUCUUCAGCUGCGAGCAGAAUGUGUGUGUGAGAGGGCUGGGUGUAGAGGACGGAAACAUCACUAAUUCAAUGCUCUCAGCAUCAUCGUCUCUCAGUGGAAAAGGACCAGAUAAAGCUCGACUGAAAGGGAACUCGUGCUGGAUGCCCUCCACCUCUGCAAACUCUUGGAUUCAGGUGAAUGUGGGUCAGCUGAAGAAGAUCACAGGGGUUGUCAUUCAGGGCUGCCCAUCUUCAGAUCACUGGAUCACUAAAUUUAAGAUCCAGACCAGUACAGAUGGCCUGUCCUGGAAAGACUACAGCAACGAUGGAGGGGAGUAUCCAGGUUCUGUGGACAGGACGUCUCCAGAGACACGUUUGUUGGGGACACCGAUCUCAGCGCAGUAUGUUCGUGUUCUUCCGCUGGAGUGGAAUGGUCAAGCAGGGCUGCGACUGGACAUUUUGGGCUGCUUACCGGACUAUGCUGUGACUUGCAGUGCAAAACCCAACCUGGACCACUCUGUAGACAGAAUGACGGUUCAUUGUCCUGCUGGUUGUGCCAGUGAGGCGUACUCUUUGUACGGGACAGACAUGUAUCGUGGGGACUCUACUAUCUGUGCCGCUGCGAUUCACGCUGGAGUGGUUCUCAAUGACAUUGGAGGAGACUGCACUCUUCUCAAAGCUGAGGGUCAGAACUUUUACAGCGGAUCCACCAGAAACGGCAUCGUGUCCAGACAGUUUGAUGGGCUCUACUCCGUGUCAUACCACUUUACUGACGGAGAGCUGAGGUGUUCUGGUCCAGACUGGUAUGAGUUUGGAGAGUUCUGCUAUAAGCCGUUUGAGGAGAAGAAGACGUGGCACAGCGCAAGAACAUCCUGCAGGCAGUUAGGAGCCGAUCUGGUGUCGAUUCUGUCCAUGACAGAACAGAGCUGGCUGGAGAGUUACCUGUACCAGGCCACCAAUGACGUGUGGAUCGGUCUGAAUGAUCUGGGCUUCUCAGGUUUGUUCUCGUGGUCAGAUCAUCAUGAGGUCACGUUCACAUACUGGGCUCCCGGAGAACCCAACAACCACCUGGGCUUCAGUGAGGACUGUGUGGAGAUGUUCCAUCAGACGGGCCGAUGGAACGACGUCACCUGCACGGAGCUAAACACCUAUGUCUGUAAGAUGCCCAAAGGUCACUAUCCUCUGCCCUCCAUCCAGCCCACCAUCUACGGCUGUCCUCAGGGCUGGGAAGUUUUUGAGUAUUCUUGCUAUUGGUUUGAAGAAGCUGCUAGAAGUCGUGAGGAAGCCAAAGCGUUCUGUGAGAGUCAGAGCAGCACUCUGCUGCAUAUCAUGGACUUGUACGAACAAGCUCACUUCACAGCUCUGAUGAGCCGGUACUCCGGCGACUGGUGGAUCGGGCUGCGGGCGAGAGGAGGGGUGGCAGGUGUCGACUAUUACUGGGACAAUGACGCUUUAAUAACUUACACCAACUGGGGCCGCAACGAGCCAAAUAAUCACGCUGGAUCCUGUGUCACGAUGUCGACCAGCCCGCUGGCAGGAUUCUGGAAUAACAAACAGUGUGAAGAAUCAUUCCCGUUUGUGUGUGAAGCUCCUCGUAACGGCAUCUCUCCACCGACUCGAGCUCCGACACUGCCUCCGGUGACCGGGUGCGAGAGCGGCUGGGGCGGACAGCCUCACUUCAGAAACUGCUACAAGCUGUUCACAGUAGACUUUGCCCAGAAGAAGAGCUGGCAGGCGGCUAGAGAAGACUGCCUCGCCCGUGGCGCCAAUCUGCUCAGCAUCCACAGUCCAGAGGAGGAACUUUUCCUGUCCAGCUUCUCAAAGGGAAAGACCAAGUGGAUCGGACUGAGCGUCAACCCAGUAGAGGGAGGUUACCACUGGAGCGACGGGACACCGGUCAGUCACACAAACUGGGGCCACGGUGAACCAAAUAAUCACAAUGGUCGAGAAAACUGUGUGGAGAUGGUGACCACUGAAAACGGGACAUCCUGGUGGAACGACCUGAACUGUGAUGCCCACCAGGACUGGAUUUGCAUGAUUGCUAAAGGAAAGAAACCCAUUAUACCUCCAGCGCCUCCGUCCCCUGAACCAGCUCCUGAGUGCGGAUCGAACCCUGGCUGGAGGAAGAACAAUGGCAUCUGUUAUUACUAUAAUGACACAGAUAUUGUGGACUUUCACAUGGCUCUUGUGAGGUGUUACGAAGAGAAAGCUCAGCUGCUGUCCAUCGCUGAUGAAGCCGAGCAGUCUUUCGUGGUCAGCCUGGUGGGCACCGGUCAAGCGGCUGCGGCCUGGAUUGGAAUGAUAAUGUUUGGGGUUGCAGGAGGAGAGUAUCUGUGGGUCGAUCUCUCUCCGGUGACGUAUGUGCACUGGGGUCCUGGAGAACCCAACGAUGCAAACGGAGAAGAACAGUGUGUGCAGAUGAACAGACAUCCAGGUUCGUGGAAUGAUGCAAACUGUGGACGUGCCAGUGCUGGUUAUGUGUGUAAGAAAUAUCCAGGAAAUGACCACACACCGCCGCCUCCAACGGCACCAUGGGACGGAAACUGCCCCGAGGGUUGGAUGAAAUUCCGCAGCAAAUGCUACAUUUUCAAAGGAAACCACUAUCAUCAGACUGAGAUCAAGGCGAACUGGACUUACGCACGAGAUUGGUGCCGAAAGCAGAAGGGAGAUCUGGCCAUCAUCGAUGAUCAGAAUGAAAACGAUUUUGUGGCUAGUUAUCUCAGGGAUCUGGUUGUACCCGUUUGGAUUGGUUUAUCUGAUACGCUUCAUGAAGGGAAGUUUGCGUGGAGUGAUGGAGUCAGUCCUGUCUUAUACACUAACUGGGCCGAUAAAGAGCCAAACAAUGCUGAUGGCAAGGAGCAUUGUACUUCAAUCUCCCAUAAUCACCUGGUCACGGGCCGCUGGAACGAUGAGAACUGUGACCACCAGCGAGGAUGGGUGUGCUCUAAGAAGAAAUCGAGCAGCAUUCCUGUCCCGCCGCCCACCAGCACCCCGUGUCCGUCUGGAUACAUCACCUGGUACAGCAGCUGCUAUAAGCUGGUUUCAGAGCCCAAGACCUGGGAAGAAGCUCAGCAGGCCUGUGUGAAGGAGGGAGGGAACCUGGCCAGUGUGGACAUGAGCUACGACCAGGCCUUCAUCUCCGCAGCUGUGCAGCAGGGCAAGACGGACGCCUGGAUCGGACUUCGUCGACUGGCUGGCAGCGAUUUGUACAAAUGGUCCGAUGGCUGGCCGGUGUUCUUCACGCACUGGGGCCCGGGGGAACCGACCAAUCACGAGGGAGAAGGGUGUGUCAGCAUGCAUGCGCCCUCACACUUCAUCCAGGGCACCUGGAACGACACGGCCUGCGCCGCUGCCAAGCCCUACAUCUGCAAAAUCACUAAAGAAAAGCCUCCAUCCACGCCGGCUCCUGGAGAUGGGAAGUGUUUGCCGGGCUGGUGGCCGUACGGACGUUACUGCUACUACGCAUAUAACGGAAAAGUGGGUUACUCGUGGCCAGAGGCGAGACACCUUUGCCAAGAGGUGAACGGAGGAGAAUUAGCCUCGAUUCACAGUCGAGCCGAGGUGGAGUUCAUCAGGAACAUCAACUACACCAAGUACCACAAUAUCUGGAUCGGCCUCACCAGAGACCGCUCAUAUGGCUGGGGCUGGACGGAUCUGACUUCUCUGGGCUUCACAAACUGGGCUCCAGGAGAACCCAAUGAAGCCAUUCAUGAUGGUGACGUGGGGAAAGAGAACUGCGUGGAGAUGUAUCACGACGGAACGUGGAACGACAACAACUGUGUGCAGAAGAGAGGCUUCGUGUGUCGACACCGGCAGUAUUACGUGACCGAUGAUAAUGGGAUCGUCAUCCCGACUGACCCGUCACCGAUGGAUGGAGGUCUGAUCGCUGGGGCUGUUAUUGGAGCGAUCGCAGGAGCCGCGCUGAUCCUGGCCAUGAUGUACUACAUCUUUAGAGUGAAGGGCGUAAAACCAGGAGAUAUCAGCUUCUUCAAACACGAAACCAAAAAUAUUGAUGUGCCCGCGUUCUCCAAUCCGAACUUCGCUGGAGAAUCUGACACAUGAACCGUGUGAGAUUCAUCUUCUUUUGUACAGGAACUAAAGCACUGAAGUAUCUUCAAUCAGCACUGAAACUUAAUCAUACAAGCAUCCUUCUACAGAUCUUUUGUUACUUUUUUAUAUUAAUAAAUAUGCACAAAUGCAUUGUUGUGGUAACGUUUAUUGUCUGUACAGUUGUUUCUUCAAUGAAUUUAAAAUAAAGAUAUUUACUAAACAGCAUUAUACAUUUUUUUAUAGCUUUGUGUGUGUGUGUGUGUGUGUGUGUGUGUGUGUGUGUGUGUGUGUGUUUUAAAGCGUGUCUUCUGUUUGGCAGCUAGUGGAAGCUGGGCUAAAAACACCCAAACUGCAUCUUUAGAAACGAUUUCAGAAAACACAGACGCUAUCAAACAUCGUAAGUCUCUGAACAAACGCUCACAUCUUGAGGAUGAAACGCUGACACUGAAAACAUCUCCAUGGCCCAACAUCAGUUCAGAUCUUUCCGGAUCUGAAAUGUAAAAGCCAGUAAUAACAGUAAAUUAAAUAGAAUAAUAAACAUGGCAAUCAAUAAAACGUUACAACAGACACAUCUCAUUCAAAAAUGAUCUCUCACAAUGAUCUUGUUUAACCCUUGUGCGACCCACACUGGCCCUUGUUUUGUCCUUUUCUGGUUAUUUUUUUUAUCAUUUUGCCUGUGUUAUUGCCAACUGCAUGAAUUUUGGCACGUGUGUAUUAUCAUGGGACUUUUA